CCCGCCGGCGCUUUGCGGGGGCUCAGCGCACCCCCGGGCACCCAUCGCAGCCCCCCAGGUGCCCACCCCGAAGUUUGAAGUUCGCCGGCAUGGCCAAAAGCACCUCGCUGCGCUGCCGGGUGCUGGAGGGGAAGGACCUGCCCGCCAAGGACCUGUCUGGCUCCAGCGAUCCCUACUGCGUGGUCAAGGUGGACAACGAGGUGGUGGCCAGGACGGCCACCGUGUGGAAGAGCCUGAACCCUUUUUGGGGUGAGGAAAUCACGCUGCUUCUGCCCCGUGGAUUCCACAGCCUCACCAUCUACGUGCUGGAUGAAGACACCAUUGGGCAGGACGAUGUCAUUGGCAAGGUCUCGCUCAGCCACCAGCAGAUCUCAGCUGAGCCGCGGGGCAUCGACAGCUGGCUCAGCCUGGCACCUGUGAACCCCGACCAGGAGGUGCAGGGCGAGAUCCACCUGGAGCUGCGAGUCCCCGAGCGGGGCCACCCGCGGGUGCUGCGCUGCCACCUCAUCGAGGCCAGGGACCUGGCCCCCCGGGACGCCUCGGGCACCUCGGACCCCUUUGGCCGGGUGUCGUGCUGCGGGCACACGUUGGAGACAGCCGUGGUGAAGAAAACCCGGUUCCCGCACUGGGAUGAGGUGCUGGAAUUCGAGCUGCCCGAGGGGGAGCUGGGAGAGGCUGUGCUGAGCGUGGAGCUUUGGGACUGGGACAUCGUGGGCAAGAACGACUUCCUGGGGCGGGUCGAGUUCUUCUUGGACACCCUCUGCCCAGGCCCCACGAGGGGCUGGUUCCAGCUCCUGCCCUUCCCCAGCACCACCGAGGACCACGGGGGACAGCUGGGUGCCCUGAGGCUGGCAGUGAGGCUGCUGGAGGACACGGUCCUGCCUCCCCACCACUACCAGCCCCUCAUCCAGCUCCUCACCGAGCCCAUCCUCUGCCCAGCCCAGUCCCCUGAGAGCACAGCCCUGGCUGUCCUGGAGGAGGUGACCUCAGGGGAGAGCCGGCAGGACGUGGCCACCAAGUUGGUGAAGCUCUUCUUGUCCCAAGGGCUGGCUGUGCCCCUCCUGGACUACCUCACCACCCGCGAGCUGGCCAGGACCACUGAUCCCAACACCCUCUUCCGCUCCAACUCACUGGCCUCCAAAUCCAUGGAGCAGUUCAUGAAGGUGGUGGGGCUGCCCUACCUGCACGAGGUCCUGAAGCCAGUGGUGAACCGCAUCUUUGAGGAAAAGAAAUAUGUGGAGCUGGACCCCGGCAAGAUGGAGCUGAGCCGGGGCAGGAGGAUCUCCUUCAAGGGCUCCCUGUCGGAGGCACAGGUGCGGGAGAGCAGCCUGGAGCUGCUGAAGGGCUACCUGGGGGACAUCAUCGAGGCCAUCGUGGGCUCGGUGGACAAGUGUCCCCUCCCCAUGAGGGUGGCCUUCAAGCAGCUCCGCAGGCGGGUGGAGGAGCGAUUCCCCUCGGCACAGCACGAGGAGGUGCGGUACUUCUCCAUCAGUGCGUUCCUCUUCCUUCGCUUCUUCGCUCCCGCUGUCCUCACCCCGAAGCUCUUCGGGCUCCGGGAGCAGCACGCGGAGCCCUGCACCGGCCGCACGCUCCUGCUGCUCGCCAAGGCUCUGCAGAGCAUCGGGAACCUGGGGCUGCAGCUGGGGCAGGGCAAGGAGCCGUGGAUGGCCCCGCUGAACGCCAUCCUCCUGCCCAGUGUCACCCGUGUCCGGGCCUUCCUGGAUGCCCUGGUCACCUGGACGAGGUUCCAGUGCCACAGGGACAUUCCCAGCCCUCGGCCACCAUCAAGGAGGGUCCCCUGCACACCUGCCCAGAGGGGGGGGUGGCACUGCUGCCCCGCUUCUCCUUCAAGAAGAGGCACUUCAGGCUCAGCAGCCAGACCCUGGCCUAUGCCAAGGCACCCCAGGGGCAGGUGCUCGGCUCCAUCCCGGUGGAGCAGAUCCGGGCAGUGGAGCAGGUGGACAAGGGCGCCUUCCAGCACCCCCACGUCCUGCAGGUGGUGGCACAGGAUGGCACCGGGCAACUCCACACCACCUACCUCCAGUGCAAGGUGGGUGACCCCACCCUGCCCCAGCACCCCAAAAUCCCUGGAACCCCCCACCACAGCACCCAGAGGGGCCCCAAAUCCAGCUGUACCCAGGCUGUACUGGGAGCACUGGGAGUACUGAGGUCAAGGGUAUACUGGGUAUACUGGGAUGUCCUACCCUGGCUGUACUGGGGUCUCUGGGGUACCCUGGCUCCUGCAGCCCCAUCCUCCCCUCACUUCCUACCGGGCAGC